AUGGGCCGCCGUAUGUUUGUUGUUGUUGUGCCGCCCCUCCUAACGAGGCAACAACGACCCAUCUCGAACCAAUAUCCCUGUUACUAUCCCCUACUGGGGGCAACCGCAACUAUGCCUCGUGUUGUGAACAAGGCCCAUCGUCGCUCUAACGGCGCGGCCUCUACCCCGCAGAGAAACUCCCCUAUCAAAAUACCUCUUAACGAUGAUAUGGGUGAGAAAGCGGCGCGCAUGGAAGCCCGGCAGGCUCUCCAUGAUCGCCGUAUGAGCCAGAUUAAAGCCGCAGUCAAGACGCCCAUGCCCCCUCGUCGAUACCGUGAGCGCGACAAUGAUGACGAUGAUGACGAUGCAACCCCUCGCCCAUCCACUCAUCGUGGUCGCAUGAGCGAUGUCAAUGGACGCGCUGUGACGCCGAUGAAGCGUGUCCCCAUCUUGGCAAACUUUGAAGAAUGGAUGAAGAUGGCGACAGACAACAAGAUCAAUGCGAACAACUCCUGGAACUUUGCGCUCAUCGAUUACUUCCACGACAUGUCACUCCUGAAGGAAGGCGAUAGCGUCAACUUCCAGAAGGCUAGUUGCACUCUCGAUGGAUGUGUGAAGAUCUAUACCAGCAGAGUGGACAGUGUUGCCACAGAGACUGGCAAGCUUUUGAGUGGUUUGGCCGACAGUCGCGACAAGAGAGCGCGUGACACUGAAGAGGACGGAGAAGAUGGAGAUGAAGAUGAGGAGGGCGAAGAUGGUGCACCGCGCAAGUCGCGCAAGAAGACUCGCUCACAUGAGACAACGUUGGCACCCUCAUUCUCAUCGCUAAAACUGAAGAAAUUUGAACUGGAAUUCGCUGUCGACCCACUGUUCAAAAAGGCAUCUGCUGAUUUUGAUGAAGGUGGCGCCAAGGGAUUGCUACUCAACCAUCUGGCUAUUGAUGGCGUUGGCAGAAUCGUUUUUGACAGCAGUGACGAUGCUGUGGAUGACAACUCCAAGACAGGAGAUGGUGAACGGCAAGACUCCGUGGAUCCCGACUUACACCUCGAAUCGCAGCUCGAGGCGCAGCUGCAACCUACCCAAGACUUGGCACAAGAUACUUUCGAAAAUAAUAUGGAAAUUGACAUCGCUGGGUUGGCAUCUCAAUUCUUCCCUGACCUGGACCGUCUUGGAGAACAGGACAUUUGUCCUUCACUCAAGAACUUCGAUCUAGGCGACCCUACCGGAUCACUGGAUAUUUCUCUCCUCAAGGCGCCCGAGGACUGGCGUCAAGACAAGAAUGAAGGGAUUGAUGGACCAUCAGGAAUUAUGCUCGAUGAUGACAAUGCGGUCGGCUUUGAUGACGAUGACGCUUCUUUGGCUGGCUUUGAUAUGAGCGGCGACACAGGCUUCGGUGACGGAGGUGAGGUUUGGGCCAGAGAGGCUGCUUUGGACCCGAUGCUCAAAGUUCACCGACUGGACCAAAAUGGUGAAAAUGUUGAUGACGAUGAUGAUAUUGACCAAGAUUCUUUCUCUAUCUCCAUGUCGCAUCAGCCCAGUAAACAGGAUCAUGAGAAUAUCCUGAGUUACUUUGACAAUGCCCUCCAAGGGAACUGGGCCGGCCCGGAACAUUGGAAAAUUCGAAGGAUCAAAGAAAGUACAGUGGCCAGUACUACCGGUGCUGCCCCCAAACAAAGAAAGGAAAAAGAACCCUUCGAGAUCGACUUCGGCGCCCCGCUAGACUCUGCUAUUGCCGAAUUAAUCUACACCCCCGCCAGCUCUAAUUCCGCUAUAUCAUUACCCAAAACUCAGUGGAAGACUAAAGGUCGCAACCUGCUACCAGACGACAAACAUUUCAACUCGCGCAACUUGCUUCGUCUGUUCCUCAAGCCUAAGGCACACAUGGGCUCCAAGAAAUUCCUGGGCAAGCGAACGAUGAAUCGUCGACAAGACCUUACAUCAGGAAAUCCUGACAUGAACGAGGAAUUCUGGGCGAAUCACAAGACUGAUGGCAAUGUUGAUGAUAACACUGCUGGCACUUAUGAUGCUAAUUUCUUUGACGACGAUGAUGGCCUUGCCUUCCCCAACGGCAUGGACCUUGAUGAUGAUGACGACAAUAUCCCAUUCGCAGAUGCACGAGAGAUGAUGUCUCCCCCUGCUGACGGUGUAGCCAGUGGAGCGAAUGGUGACGUUGGUAACCAGACCGGACUUGCUGCACUACUUAACAUGGUUGGAGCUACUCCAGCCAAGGGUGGAUACGGCUCACAGUUAGUGACCCAAGGUGGACGCCGUGCACGACCCGACUAUGUCAAUUAUGCCCGUGUAGCGAAGAAGGUUGAUGUACGCCGCCUCAAGAACGAGAUGUGGAAGGGUAUGGGUGAGCGCUUAAUCGCUGCUACCGAGUUUAGCUCUGCUUCACAACCCGGUGCUGUGUCCAAUGAGCAACCUUCUGAGCCCGAAGCUGAAAGUGAAGUUGAAGCUCCUAUGCCACCAACACCCCACGAAAACAGCCUGCUGCUACCCACGAACGAGAAAGAUGGCCGUUUACGAUUCACGCAUAUUAUGAACUCUCUCAAAUCUGUCUAUCCGAAUGAGACAUUACGUGAUAUCAGCACAUCGUUUGGCUUCAUCUGUCUUCUCCACUUGGCCAACGAGCAAGGUCUUGUUUUGGAAAGCGAUGUCACCAAGAUCCUUAGUGGCGCUGGCAGCCUGGAAGAGAUCUACGUCAGCCGCGAUACUCACGCCAUCCUCGAAGAGGGAGGAAUGUGA